AUGGUUGAACAUUGCGAAAAUUACUGCCAUCUUUACGAAUGUGCUAAUCUACAAAACUCAAUCAAAACGCAAUACGAAAAGAUUAAUAAAAAGCGCGAUGAGUUGAUCGAGUUGCAGAGAGAGUGGAUUCACGAUUUCCUGAAUUACAAAAAUUCACAUGAAGGCAAGCUUGUGGAUAACAAGCAAACUAAUCUCGGUGUUCGUGAGACUGUUUCUCGGAAUUCGGGGGAAACUGAAGAUCAUUGGUGUUUUAUUGGUGGCAUAACGAGGAAUGCCGAAUACAGGGACUUGAAAUAUUUUCUAGAGCAUUAUAUCGGAAAGAUCAAACGUGUAGACGUUGUCAAGAGCAAGGCAUGCGCGUUUGUAGAGUUUUACGAAGAAUCCUCAUAUCAAUUGGCGAUCAAUAUGCGUGCCAUCAAAUAUAGGAACAAAUUUCUGAGAAUCGAAAAACGUAUGAACCCAAACAAUAAAGGGAAAGAACGACAACAUUGA